AUCCCGAAGUGGGUCGCGGAUUGUGAUGGCGCCACGUUAUCUCUACCCGUCCCACCGGACUGUCAAAUCGAGCAACAUUGUUUGUAUACGAAAUUUUUAUCAGUUUUCAACCUUAAGUACGAUCCGAGGACUUGGAGCAAGUGAAUAAGAUCAGGAUGAAUCGUACAAUGGAUGAAAAGGAAGAGUUGGUCAAAAAGUCUUUAUUUAGUUUUGUGAGGAAAGAAGUUCCAACUGCCCAAUUAAGCUUAAUAGAUGACAUUGUCCUGAGUUAUGUGGUGAGCAUGGUAGAAGAAAGUGCACUUGAGGAAGACUUGGACGUUGAUGGAUUAUGUGAAAUGGUUUCUGCUUGUCUUCCUGAGUUUUCUACUAUUGAAAAAGAAGCAGUAUCCAAGUGGUUAUUAGAUGUUGAAAGUAAACUACGGCAAGAAAGCAAAGGAAAUGAAAAUUGCCAACCUCAAGAUCCCUUGAGUCAUAUUAGCUUAACAGCUCUGUUACCUCCUGGUACACAGAGAAUGAGAGUUCAUCAUCUCUCAGAAACUAGUGAUGCUGGAAGUGAUUCUAGUGGAGAAUAUUUUUCAGAAGAAUCGUCUUGGCAUCAAGUAGCACUUUUACAAGAAAUGUUCCCAGCUGCAAGUCCAGCAGAAGCCAGACAUUGCUUAGCAGUUGCUGGUGGUGAUAUAGCAAAGGCAGCACAACUUGCACUUCAUAGGCAAGAAGCAGGGCAAAGUAUUGUUAGUAAUCUUACUUUUCUAACACCAAACGGUCGUAACAAGGCCAGAGUGAACGACGAGGAAUUGAAAUCACGUAUCAUUGCACGGUAUAGUUAUGUUGAUAGAGACGACGACUCACGCGAGCAUCGUCCAGUCGCACCGAAAACAGAACCAAAAAAAUUAGUACGUUACUUAGAUAAUAAGAUCGUAAGUGUGAAGGGUGAACGAUACACUGAAGUAAGAAGGGGUGGCGAAGAGGAGGAUGGCAACGAAGGUGGUAGAAAAAGAGGUCAUUGCCGACCGUAACCAGUCCCUUUGCCUCCACCCCCCGAUCCACCCCCUUGGAGGCAUCUGAUUUCGAAUUAAAGCUUUCGCUUAGAUUCGCUUGUCUUGCUUAUAAAGGAAUACGGACAGGGUCUUGAAUUUCUAUAUACUUGCAGCACUAUCUAUUUUGUACCUCUCUUUUUCAGUUGAAUUUGUUUUAUCCACAAUGACUUUUAUUGAUUUUAGAAUUAUUUUUAUGCGUGAUAUUAUAAUCAUUGUGAUCUGUCGCAAAAGUCUUGGAGCAUUUUUAAAAACGGCAAAUAACUUGCCGUUCAUAGUGUGGACUAAUGAAAAUUUCUCCUUAACGGUACAUCGCUAAUGUUAUUAAUUAUUAUUAUUACGUCGCAGUUUAAGUACCUGUUAACGUAUAAUUAACUUACGUUUGAAACUUUUUAUUUUGUACCGAAAUAACUUUAUAUAAGGGUCACAAAAUAAAUUUAUGAUUUUUAGCUUAGAGAAACUUUUAUGACAGCGAACUUAUAGGUAAAUGUUAAAAUACAAGACGUAAUUUCGUAAUGUUUUGUUGUUUUUCAACAGUUUUUUAGAUUUUAAAUCGGCUGUAAUUAAAGAAUUUCAUUUAUGAAUAUAUGAUUACAUUAUAAGUUCGUUUACUAAACUUAUAAUUCAAUUUCUGCGAUACAAUGUCGAUAAUUUUACUUAUUAUUUUCAAACGCAUACACACCUUUACUAUUAAAAUAAUAUAAACAUUUUAUUUAUUAAACAUGUUGUGUGUCCCAUGCUCUUCAGUGAAUAUCGAACCGUUGUUAUAUUAACUAUUAUUAUUAAGACUAUGAUAUGUGCUGAUAUAUCUUGGAAUAUAUUACAAUUACAUAUUUUAUAAUGUUAACUAAUAAGAUUAGUUCAGUUGAUUGUUUCUAAACGUUACUGCAUUUGAGUAAAAUCUCUGUCUCUGUCUCUGUCUCUCUCUCUCUCUCUCUCUCUCUUAGACUCGUACUAUGUAUGUAAUGAAAAGUACGUAAGAACGAUAAAAUGAUAAGUGGUAUAUCUUUGCAAGGAGUUCGGUUUCUUGCAAAAACACUAAAAAUAAAAUGGUAUAUAACAAAAAAAAGUUUAGGAAUUUUUAUGUGCACACUUACUUGGAAAAAACCGAAAAAAUUUCAAAUAAAUAAUUAUUCUAAGCAUGCAUAGUUAUAAUUAUUAUCUACAAAUAUAAUCGAAAUUCACCAAAAGUUUAAUACAAUAUUAAUUGUAAAAAGAAAAAAUAUCGUGCAAGUGAAUACUGCGUGCAUACUGAAUCUCUUGGUAUCGCAGAAAAAAAAUUAUAAUCAAGUUGUAGAUUUCGGAUAAUAAAUUGCAGUAUAUGUUUAGGUAGGAAGAAAUAUAUAUAGUAUAUAUAUACAUACACACAAAUAUAUGUACAUAUAUAUGUAUGUAUUAUACAUACAUAUAUAUCUAUAUAUAUAAACAGAUAUUAUAUAUACAUACAUGUAAUAGAUACGUAAGCGGGAUGAAAAAAUUGCUUACCGCGCCAUAUAAUUUACCAGUAUUACUAUUGUUAUUGCUAUUAUUGCAAAUUUCAAAGUGUAGAUGGAUAUAAUCCUUUAAAUUUUAGGAUAUUAAUAAAGUCGAGUGAUUACUUGCAA